AUGUUCACUGGGAUUGUUGAGACAAUUGGGACCAUUAAGGAGGUGAGGAAGGUAGGCGAAAAUGACGAUCUUGAUAUUCUGAUCGCUGACGCCUCGUCGAUUCUCGGCGACUGCCAUUUGGGUGACUCGAUCGCCGUUAAUGGUACUUGUCUGACAGUCACGCAGUUUACUGAGUCAGAGUUCAAGGUUGGUGUUUCGCAAGAGACUCUGCGCAAGACCAACGUUGGAGAGCUGCGAGUUGGCGACAAGGUCAACUUGGAGAGAGCAGUGUCAGGUGACGUGAGAUAUGGAGGCCAUAUGGUGCAAGGCCAUGUCGAUACCGUUGCCAGUCUUGUUGGCCGAGAGCCGGAUGGAGACAGCAUCCAGUUUGAGUUUGAGUUGCGCGACAAGGAGUUUAUCAACUACAUUGUUCCGAAGGGAUUCAUCUGCGUCGACGGUACCAGUUUGACUGUGAUUGACGUGAACUACGAGAAAGCCAGAUUUAAAAUUAUGAUGGUGUCCUACACACAGGCAAAGGUGAUUAUGCCACUGAAGAAAAUUGGCGAUAAAGUCAACAUCGAGGUCGAUUUGACUGGCAAGCUGAUCGAGCGUCAGAUUCAGGCUUCCUUGCAGAACAAGGACAGCGCUUUCGGAAAAAUGUUAGAAGAGCUUGUGGAGAGAAAAGUUAGGGAAGCAAUGCAGAAAUGA